AUGAGCGAUGCCGAUCGCUGGCCAGCGGACCUCGCAGUUGUUGCCAUGCAAGUCAGUCUGCGAGAUAUUGUUGUCCUCGGCUUGAUGACCGGAAUAGACAUUAUGAAUGUCGACAAUGGUGCCAGAAUUCUCGAAGUGACUGGCCCUGCAGGCUUCAUCACCAGCUCUGAACAACCUCUACUAGGACUACUGAUAUGCUUCUCAGCAUUUCUCGAGCCCCCAGAUCCUUCUAUAAAAUACUCCGAAGUGAGACAAUACACCUUUGAGCAAAGAGACUAUCACAAACGUUUGGUCGAGAAUUGGAGGACGGUUGAGCGAAGAGGGAUUCGAUACAUUAAGGAAGCAAAUGACACAAAAGGUCCUGUUCGUUUGGUUUUCGAGGAUAUCAGGGGCAUGAAGCAUGAGGUGUCUAUUGAUGAUUGCACUACCUGGGAUGAUAUGAUAAAAGCACUCGAUGAAGCUGCAAUCGCCCAAAGUUCUAUCAUAGUUAUUGGCCCUGAAGGAAGAAAGGUUGCCCCUAAGAGUUGGGAAAAGCUUAUUAAAGUCGUUCGCCGAGGUCACCUGAAAGUUGUCGUCAAGGUUGGAAAUUCUUACCUGCUUGUUACGCAACUGACAUUCUACGUAUAUUAA